AGCCUGUCCUACGCCAUCUCAAAGCGCCGGGAUUAUUUAUUGAUUUAUUUAUUUCUUUAUCGAAACAGAUCUGGAUUGUUUAAAUGUGAAAUGUUGCUUUCAUGAAAACUGAAAGGGUGAUGUAACACUGCUGUUGCGAUGUUAACUGCUCUGAGGUGCGCUUUGAGAAUUGACACUUGCCACUGGGCGAGGUACCACACUAAGGUAACUGCAGCUGUUUGUAAGGCAAGAAAAGCGCAAAUUCACAGUCCAAACUGUAGAGUAUCUGGCAGUCCACAACAAUGCGUGGUACCAAAGUACUACAAUCAGGAUAUCCUGCAUUCUGUGCCAGAAGAUUUUAAAUCCCAGUUGCAGAAGUACAGAACUCUGGAGGCAAUCUUUAGAAUGAAAGUAAGAACAGCCCACGCACAGUUUGCAGACGCGGCAGAAAGGCCAGUGGUGCAUGGAAGAAACCAUGUAUACUUCGAAGAGGGUGGCUGCAUUUAUCGGAGGAGCUUAGCUAACGAUCGGGGAGAGCCCCAGGUCCUGCUGUCUCUGGAAGAUGUGGCCUGGGCGAACCCCGCGGAGGCCUCGUUCCAGCGUGUCAGACUCUCCCCACAGGAGAAGUACUUGGCAGCCACAGUGAAGAGUGGCCGGUCCGAGGAGGCUGGCUUUGCUGUGGUGAGGCUGGGGAGCACUCCUGCAGUGACUCACAUUCAGACUCCAGUAUUCAGCUUUGAGUGGGCCACAGACAACAUUUUAUUUUACACAAGCCAGAAGAACCUCCAGAGCCUUCAGGUUUACUCUUUAGUCUUUGGAGAGGAGCAGCCGCGGAGAACCCUAGUGUAUGAAGAGCAGGACCCGAGGUUCUUUGUGGAGGUGAUGAGCUCCAAGGACAAGAGGUUCCUCACUAUUAACUGCAACAGCAAGAGCUGCUCGGAGGUGCACCUGGUUGAGUGCAGGAGCCCUCUCCUCCCCCCUGUGCUGGUACAGCCUCGCACUGCAGGGCUGAUCUAUCAUGUAGAGCACAACGAGGGCCAGCUGUACAUCCUCACCAACGCGGGGCCAGCACGUGAAUACCAGCUGAUGAGAGCCCCCCUGAUCUCCCCGGCGCUGAAGCACUGGCAGCUCCUGUACCAACCGGCUGUGAACACCAGACUGAUUGACAUGGAGCUGUUUCAAAAGCACUGCGUGAUGGCCAUGAGGGGCCGCACACAACUCUAUCUAGACAUCAUCCCCCUUGAUGAGCCGACGCAGGUCUCAACUGUCGAGCUGCCACAGUGGGCGUGUGCUCUAGAGGCAGGGUUGAACUCACAUCUCCGCAGCAACACCUUCCACUUCCUGCUGUCCUCUCCUGUCCAGCCUCCGAGAGCUUUCUUCUAUUCGCUGCAUGAAGAUCAACUCUACCAGCAACAAGAGGCGCAGGCAACGGCAUGCAGAACUGACUACCAGACCUUACGCACAGAGGCACAAAGCAUGGAUGGCACUGCAGUCCCGAUGACUGUGAUUCACAGACGCACCGCAGAGGAGCUGCCCCGGAGCCCCCUCCUGGUUCACGUGUAUGGAGCGUACGGAGUGGACCUGAACAUGGCCUUCAAACCAGAGAGCAGGGUGCUGUUGGACGAGGGCUGGACAUUAGCCUACUGUCACGUCAGAGGUGGAGGAGAGCUGGGCCUGGGCUGGCAUGCUCGGGGGCGCCUGACUCAGAAGCACAGGGGCCUGGAGGACUUGCAGGCCUGUGUGCUGCAUCUGUUCCAGCUCGGGGUCUCCCGGCCAGGGCUGACUGCACUCACAGGCAGCAGUGCUGGAGGAGUCCUGGCCGGAGCACUGUGUAACCGCUGCCCAGAGCUGCUCCGCGCGCUCAUCUUACAAGCCCCCUUCCUGGAUGUUCUCGGGACGAUGCAGGACCCAUCUCUGCCACUGACUGUGGAGGAGCAGGAGGAGUGGGGUGAUCCGCUAACUAACCAAGAGCACCGCGAGAGUAUAGAGAGCUACUGUCCCUCUCACAACAUCCGGGCACAGAGAUACCCCUCCAUGUUGAUCACCGCCUAUGAGGGGGAUCAGAGAGUGCCACUGCCAGGGCUGUUGAAAUACAUUAGCAGGCUGAGGGCAGCAGCAGCUGUGCAUGCUAGUGAGUACAACAAAACAGAUAAGGACCCUGUGCCCAGCUUCAUUUUAGAUGUUCAGCCAGGGAGUGAUCAUUUUGGCCCAACAGAUUUGGAAGAAUCGAUUUGUCAGACCGCCAGGCAGUUUUCAUUCCUGUACAAAGAACUCGGGAUUGAUGUGAAGCACCUUAAAAGGAAGAGGAGAUAGAUUUGUACUUCAGUGAAAUCUGGUGGCUGAGGUUUACUUGGGGGAUAUUCUGAACAAUGCCCCAGCACAGGCACUGAAGACAGAACUGGCAGCAAUAGCAGAAGAUGAUACAUGAAAAUCGACUUUAUUUUUAUAACAUUUCAGAUUUAAGGUUGCAGAUAUUUUUUGGUGUCUUGUUUAUUUUUUUAACCUGUAUGUUUCAAAUAAAAAACACCCUC